AUGAAGCAGAGCGACCUGCUCCAGCGGUCUGUCUCUGUCUCAGGAGCGAGUCAAGCGGAGUGGUUUUUCAUGAAAGCCAAAGUCGCCCUGGCAGUGGCUGUAAUAAAAAACAAGCCCCCGGGUAUGAGUGGCCGAGCGUACGCUGAGGCUCUGGCCUGCAAGCUGAAGAGCCAGGAUGAAAGCUGGAAGGAAAAAGCCCAGGGGCUGCAGCAGGAGGUGCUGAGGCUGCGGCAGGAGAUGCUCAUCGCCAGGGCGACAUCAAACACAAAGAGCAGCACGGAGGCAGGAGAUGAUGACAACAAAAUGGACGACACUUCGCAGGAUCUGUUUGGUCCAGAGAGUCAAGUAUGGAGUGUAGAACCAGACUCAGAGACUCCUGAACUGUUGCUGCAGCCUCCUGAGCCCACCAUCCCUUUGCCUCGGCCGCUGCCUCCCUCCAGUCUCCACGGAAAUCCUCGAGAAGACGCACUAUCUCCUCCUGUGCAGUUCCUCCAGUCGCUGUGUGCUCUGCAUCGAGUAGAAGACGACAACAGAGGUCUGGAGGCUCUGUGGUUCAUCCCUGGUGACGACGCGGGAUCUGUGUUGGCGGACACUGUGUGCCAGCUCCUUGACUCCGUGGUGACGGCCUUCAAGGAUCCCCCUGCACCGGGACCACGCGACCUCGUCCUGCAGGCCUGUCAGGCCGCAGCCCGAGCGAUGGACCUCUUCUGUUCUCAGAGGCUGCCGUCUGUUGAGUUCAUGAGACGUGUGGAAGAGCCACUGAGGGAGUUGACUCGGAUGCUGCUGCACGGGAGUCAACCCAGCAGGCUCCAGGCUGCAGAGAAGCUGAUGGAGUGCCUGAUCGCGCUGGGGAGCAGCAGCAUGUCAAAGUCCUUUCUCAUUCGUCACAUCCUGUCGGAGAUCAGCACUCUGGCCGAUCAGCUCUGGCAGGCCUUCCAGGCUCAGGAUGGCUCAGGGCUCAACAAGUUUCCCGUGGACCAGUAUCAGAACUCGUGCCACCUGUUCUCGAUCCUGGAGGCGCUCCUACAGAAAUCAAAGGUAUCGUGCAGGCUGGAGGUGGGAUCGGAGCAGAUGGCCUUCUUGAGUCACUUGGAACAACGCGCCUUUCUUUUGUCAGAUGAGUUUCCCUUGUUUUCCAUCCGCAUGUGGAGGAUCGGAGGUCUCCUCAAGUCUUCAGACUAA